AGAUCCGUCUGGACUGGAAGCAGACUGCCAGCCCGUCGCCAGGUUUCACUACACGCUCGGACAUCACACGCGUGCACACAAUGAGCUCUGUCUUUGAGCUGGAAACACUUCAUCUCAGGCAGCGGAUUUGAGCAACCACAGAUCGUUGCUCCAUAUGAGGAAGAAAAUCUUGAAAGCAACUUGUCUCCUCUUGAGUCUGUGCACGAGUUUGAAUAUCUGCUUCGGAAAAUUUGGGACACCGAUAACUGAUGAUGUGAGCAAGCUGUCAUUAUUGAAGCAGAACAUGCCCUCCGACUAUGAGAUUCCUGUCAGUUACAUUCCCAAAGAGGUGGCUGGCCCCUGCUGGGUGGUGCUGAAUAUCUAUCCUUUGGAGCAAAGUCUUCGGAAGCUGGCCAGCAGGUUCGGUGCCGUCUCGUCCAACAGAGAAAACACGAUUGUCUUCAUUGCAAUGCUGAAGAGUCUACGCUUCACCUUUGACCAUGAAGAACUGGAAACAACAAUGCAAGUCUUCCAGUGUCACUAUCAGGAGGAGCGCCUGAUGUCUGGUCUUUACUUUGACUACAUCAAAGACGUCUUACAUGCCGCCUCUCAAGGAGCAUCCGGCUUCUCUUGCAAGCCGCCAUCGUGCCUUAAUCCACGACAAACGCCAGGGGGUCUGGAGGAGGGCAGGGAGACCAGCUGGUCCAAGAGAACUCCCUUGCUGCUUGCUCUCAUCCCCUUCAUGGCUUGUGUUGUGGUCCUAGUGUACCUGCUCAAGUCUGGGAGGCUUCUGCCAGUGUGCAACACUGAAAAUAGCCACAUGGCCCCUUCUGACACCAUCGCAACUGUGUCCGUCUCCAUCCCGCUUCAGACGCUCACCCACGCUGCUGACACACAGCCGGUGGGGGAGGCGAUCCCCGAACAUGAGAGCGGAUGAAGCACAAUUUAACCGAAGAGGGGAAAUCUGGACCGCACGGUAACAACACGCUCUGCAGGUUAUUGUGUUAGUGGAUAACCCAGCGGUCUCGCACCCUUCUUCUGCUUUCACUCAUCUGAGUGCGUGGACCCGGGCUACCAGAGGGAAAACUCACCUGCUGUGAAGGCACUUCAAGCACUUAACCAUCCAAAGAGGGAGGAGGAGGGAUGGGGGGGUGGAACCAGAGGAAGAACUCACUACAUAAUGGCUGGUUAUGCCCCAAAGUGGCUGGUGAAGUACAUUGAUUGUCUCGUCUUGGCCGGUGUUUAGCAGCAUCUGGCUUGCCUUCUCUGAGUUUUCCUCUCUUCGCUGCCAUUCUGGGUGUUGCCAAUUCCGCAGUUUUGAGCCUUGAUCAAAUGUGCCGCCGGAGCCUCUGACCCAAAAAUAUCAAGACUGUUUGAGAGAUUUCCUUCUAGGAUGAGGUUCCCGUCGUCAAUUGGCCGUGUCCCGGUGGUUAACGAGAUCUUCAGUCCUUUCACUGUCGUAGAACCAGGAGUCAACACACAGCGAUCCCAACCUGCUCUCGGGCUCCGGGUUCUACUGAAGAAGUGCAUUCAUAUCACUACUGCUCUUUGUAAAUGCCUCAAAAGGUAAAAGCGGGAGUCAAAGGAGCCGCACGCGAUCUACCCCAGCUCGCCUGCUACUAGUUGACAUUAUCCUGAUCCGGCGCAAACGACCAAACCUUCCAGUCCACAAAACGACACCCCGAGCGCUUCAACAAGCGUUCCGCUUUGUGUAUCAAAGAUCUGACCAGAUGGCUGAUAGCCACCAGCAGAGGCCCCUUGAAUCCCUGCCAUUGUAUCUCGAAGCUUGUUGCCCAGUGAUCUAUAGCUGCUGCUCGGCCACAGCGGGUGUGUUUUUUAAUGCCUUAUUCACUGAGUCAAUCAUGUUCGGUCAUGAGAACAUGACUACUGUGAUGUGUCAGAGAGAGGGAGCGAGGGACGGGCAGGCCGAACGAAGGAUAGAUGGAUGGAUAGAUGGAUGAGCUCAGCGAGAAGCAUAAGGAGGGAUUGUUCUUGCCACAAAAGAAGUGGCCGUAGGCUGGAGGAAAUGCCAGUUACAAACACGACUGAUGUCGGCAGAUCCCUAUGAAUCAACAGGCUAAGAAUCUCCCCAGACCGCAGGCAAUGUAGCCUCAUCUGCAGAGGAUGGUUCGUAUUUCAAUAACAGAUUUCUGUAUUCGAGUGAUUUAUAUCCAAAACUGUAAUCUGGGACGAUAUACCUUUUAUUCAGAUGUUUUCAGGUUUUAAAGCAGGUCUGCAGCCAUGUUUACUUGUCAUUCUGGUGACCAAUGUAAAUAAUUUGAAUGUUGGCAUUUGGUGGAAAUGUGUAUUUCUGUUGUAUUUGAGAUAUUUAAGUUAUUUUGUUAUAAGAUACAUUACAUACACAAUUGAUUCAUCUCUUUCUACAAUUAUAAUGUUGCACAUAAAUAAUAGAUCAAUUCAAGUUAGGAAUGUGACGGGGUGGAAAAACUGCUUUGAUAUUUGGUAGAAGCACAUUUGGACCUUGAAGUAACUAAAUUCACGUCACAAAGCUACAGUAGCAGAUCACAAUGGCAAUUUGGUCAAGGUCCUUUUGCAUGAAAUGUUUACAUUAUUUAGUCCACCCCCUGUCAAUGGCCCUUGAGAAAAAUAAUUUUAGUUCUAUAUGUAUAUUUUCAGCCAUUGAAUAUUUAUUCAACCAUAUAGAAAAAUACACAAUAUAUAUUGGUGCAUCAUAUUAUUGUCAAAACAUAUGUAAUGUCCUGUCUGAAUGUGUGCUAUAUCAUUUGUAUUAAAAAAAUAGAAAUCUUUUUUUAAAAGUUUAGUUCAGUUCACAUGAUAAGAAGGCUCCAUGCUUGGUUUUGUAAUGACAUAAUUCUGUAUAUACAAAUCUCAGAAGAGAGAUCAAACAUUAAUGGAUGGUUGUCAGGUCAUAGACUCUGAUCUCCAUGACAGAUGAACAGGGACCAAGAUGCAUUGUUUUCAUUGCCAUUGUUAUUGACUGCACAAAUGAAGAAUAAAUAGCAUCAAUAAAAUGCUUUGGUGAUACUAUAA